AUGGCUGAUGCAUUUAAGCAACAAGGAAAUACGGCGUUUGCCCAAGGACAAUAUGAGCAAGCAAUUGCCUCGUUUUCAGAGGCCAUAAAAUUAGACUCCUCCAAUCAUGUUCUGUAUUCUAACCGCUCGGCAGCCAAUGCUGCUUUGAAGAAAUUUGAUCUGGCGCUCGAGGAUGCAGAAGAGACUAUAAAGCUGCAGCCCACAUGGUCUAAGGGAUAUGGGCGGAAGGGUGCAGCAUUGCAUGGGCUCAAUAGGUUUACGGAAGCCGAAGAGGCCUACAAUAAGGGCCUGGAGUUGGAGCCCAGCUCCACUGCUCUCCAAAAAGGACUGGAAGAUGUACGCGUUGCCGCAUCACCCCCAUCGCUGGAAAGCAACCUACUUAAUCCUUUUGCAUCUGAAGAGGCCAUGGGUCGUCUAUUCACAGAUCCAGGUACCAGACAAUUCAUAGCACAGCCAGAUUUUAUUCAGAAAAUCAAUGAAAUUCGCCAAAAUCCAUCUGCCCUCUCGAAGCAUAUGCAGGAUCAGCGUAUCAUGCAGGCGAUGUUUGUGGCGAUGGGACUUAAUGCUUCAUUUGGCGCUCCGCCUUUUCCAAAGACAUCUCCGGCCAGUGCAUCGUCUUCGGAGUCUCAAUGCCAAGCGGACUCAGCGGCCUCCAGUGAGUGUUCCAAAGCCUCCUGCUGCGCAAAGGAAAAUUCUGGGUUGAAAGAGGAAAACCUUAAAAGCUGCAAAGAAGCAGCGUGCAAGGAAAGCGUAUCUGCGCCAAAGAACGACUCCAUUAAGAAACCAUCGACGUUAGCCAAUCCGGUUGAGGAAAUCAAGAACAAGGGAAAUGCGGAGUUCAAAAAGAAAAAUUUUGAGGCUGCCCUUUCCUAUUACGAUGAAGCCCUCUCCUUGGAACCGGAUGCUAUUCCCAUUCUUCUGAACAAAUCGGCCGUCUACUUUGAACAGCAAAACUGGGAUGAGUGCAUCAAAGUGUGCUUGGAAUGCAUAGAGAGGGGACGCUCCCUUAGAAUGGACUUCAAACUGAUUGCCAAGGCCUUUGGGCGCAUCGGGUCGGCAUAUUUGAAGAUGGAAAUGCCCAACAAGGCCGUUGAGUAUUUUAACAAGAGCUUGGCUGAGCAUCGUUCACCCGAAAUUCUAGAAAAGCUCAAAGAGACAGAAAAAAACAUUUUAGCAGCAAAGAAGGCGGCCUAUUUUUCACCCGAACUUUCGGACUCGGAGAGAGAAAAGGGAAAUGAGCUCUUCAAAAAAGGGGAGUUCGUGGAGGCUCUCAAUCGGUAUACCGAGGCCAUCGCUAGAAAUGAUAAGGAUCCCAGAGGCUAUUCAAAUCGAGCAGCAUGCUAUACUAAACUAGCGGCCUUUCAUGAGGCAAUCAGAGAUUGCGACCGCUGCAUUGAGCUUGACCCAAGCUUUAUCAAGGCCUAUCUGCGAAAGGCGUCCAUUUUAUAUGGGCUUAAGGAAUACCAAAAAUGCCUGGACACCUGUUUUGAGGCCAAGUCGAAAGAUACUGAAAAUCGCCAUUCAGCCGAGAUUGAGCAGCAUCUCGCAAAAUGUUACUUGGAAAGCCAGAAGGCCUCUAUGAAUGAAUCUUCCGAGGAGACCCUUCAAAGGGCAAUGGCGGACCCCGAAAUAAGAAGCCUGAUGACCGAUCCCGUGAUGCAAUCCAUCCUUCAACAAAUGCAAAGCGAUCCUCGCGCGAUCCACGAUCAUAUGAAGAAUCCUCUGAUUGCGAACAAGAUUCGCAAACUCAUGGCUGCCGGUAUCAUCAGGACUGCCUAG